CAGUAUAUCUCAAUCUUAACACAUUGGUUCUUAGAAAUCUCCCUAUUGCAGUUGAUGGGAAGGUCUGUGUGAAUGCAUGCUUUUUGCCACAUAGUUUCAGGAUGGCAGAUGACAUGGUACACACAAAAAUGAGGGCUUGUAGUUUGAUUGGACUGGAAUCUUCUCAUUCUUUGCUAUAUACAUUUUCCAUAACUUUUCCUGUGGAAUUUCUGUUUUGUCAUUUUCCAUGGUUCUCCAUUGACUUGAGAAAAUUCAGAUUUCCAACCUGAUGUUCAACAUCCUUUGUAAGUGGCCUCGAAUGUAUCCUCAGACAACAGCCACCAGGCCCCUUCAUUGCAGAGUGCAAUCUAGCCACACAGAGCUACUUGUGGUCCUUUCAGAUGUUUCAAAUAUGUCUAGCCCACUGACGACAGCAACUUCUACAAGAUCAUCUGUCAUAACACCAGAUGCCAUGUCAACGACAAAUUUUGUUAGCAAACCAACAACUGAAGCAUCUCCUAAAGGAACAACCAACAAUGAAUUAUCCAACAUGCCCCUCGCACCAGCAGUUACUUCACCAGCAACAAAUAAAAGUGAAGAAGCCAGGACCAUUAAUGUCACGAAGAGUGAAGUAUUUUCUACAGAAGCAACAGUGUCAAAUCUUCCAUUUUCAAAAACUACCUCAAUGCUGCCAAGUUCCAACAAAACUGAGAAUCAGAAUUCAAUCAAAACAACAGAAGCAUCAGUUAACACUCAACCACCAGGCACAUCAUCUAAAGCCACUGUGUUACCCUCAAGGACAGUAACAACUCCAAAGACCAUCUCACCGUUUCAAGAUAAUGAAGAUUGGAAAAACACAACUACUCCACCAACCAUCCCUUCUUAUUCCAGUAUUAUUUUGCCGGUGGUUAUUGCUCUGAUUGUUAUAACACUCUUAGUAUUUACACUGGUUGGUUUAUAUCGAAUGUGCUGGAAGAGAGACCCAGGCACGCCAGAAAAUGGAAAUGAUCAGCCUCAAUCCGAUAAAGAGAGUGUGAAGUUGCUCACGGUUAAAGCAAUCUCUCAUGAGUCUGGCGAGCACUCUAUGCAAGGGAAAGCCAAGAACUGACAACUUGAUGGAUCCUCCCUACACCUGGACAAUAAAUAUGCUUAAUCUUCAUCUUCCGUGUUCCACCCGUAGAAAGGGGAAAGCCCUAUGGCGUCAAUCCCAGCUUCCAGACUUCUCACCAGUCUGCACCAGUUGCCUGUCCCAGUGAAGGAAUGAUAUGAAAUAAUUUGAUAGAAUCAAAAGAAUGCUGGGUCUCUUGUCUUUUGCAAUGUGGAAAAAUAAAUCACUCCAGUUUGUAGGGACAUUCUUAGGAGAGAAAUUUGUGAGCAGGGAGCGAUCAUCCCAGGCAGGUGGGCUCACUGAGGAUGUGCCAUCACUGAGUCUCAAGUUUCUAGGGCUGACAGCCUUUAUCCACGGAAACUUGUCUACUUUCUUUGUGUUCUUAUAUUAUCUAGUAUUUGUAUUUAUUGUUUCCCACUAUGUUAAUGCAGGAGAAUUUUCCAAGUGUGUUAUUAAAUAUUAAGUAGAAAUCAUACCAUGCUCUUCUGUACAGACUGGUAUUCUAUUCGUGUUUUUGUGUGUUACUUUUAAUAAAUAACUGCUUUCUCUGCACACUAAGCAUUAGGACAUGACUGUGGUGUGACCUUGGCAUUCUUUUUCCAUAAUUUUGACUGUUUUUUUGUGUUGAUUUUUAGGCUAUAAGAACUCAUUAGAAUAAGAGAAAAACACCUGAAACUAGCACAAAAAGAACAAAGGACUCAAAUAUCAGACACUAUUAGAGGGACAGCGAUUGGCCAUUCUUGAGUCUCUUCUGUUUGCCAUUCACACAUUCACAAGAUGUAACAAGAAUGUAAGGGUGUUUGUGAUACUCGGUGAUGCAUUCACCAAGGAGGCUGCAGAAUCAAGACUUUUUUCAUGAAUCUACUUGGUCGACACUAUCUUUGUUAUUUUAAAAUUUCUUUUAGAAAUGUCCUGAUUUCAGAUAACAAUCACUGCUAAAACUCCAGUAUCAGUACUCCAUCAAUCCAUAAUUGGGAUAUUAUUUUUCAGUGUAUCACCUUCCUAAAAAUUACAUUAAAAUGUGACUGCCACCCCAUCGAGACUGCUGCUAAAACUCGACUGAUCAACUGCUUUCCUGACAUGAGAGAUCCAAAUAUCAAGUUGGCUGAAAUUGUGUGGAAACCUCUAGAACAAACAAGCUGCCAGUAUUAGCUCUUUAACUUCUGUGGUUUCUUAUGUUGAAUUUGGUGCUAAUUACCUUCCUGAUCUGGGGAAAUGCGGGCGGAGAUGGAAUGGCUGGAGAGCUUUAAAGCAUCUUUCCCCUUUCCUUUGGCCACAGUGUAUUUGAAAAUGUCCAGCUUUAGGGUUGUGUAAUCAUCUCGGUUCUGCCUUUCUGCUCUUUGGACUAUAUGUAAUCAGAGAUAUCAAGGAGCAUAUAUGUAGUUCUAAUGUAUAUCUCUUUAUUUUUCUGUAAGAAGGGUAGAGAAAUCAAGAAAGGGUAAGGAAAAUAGAGGAGAUAAGGCAAGGGUUUUCACUGCCUCUGCCUACCUGUAGAGCUGCUUUGCUUAAUUAGAAGUCUGAAUUUGUGAGACAAUGGCCACACUGUGCCAAGCAGGGAGCAUUUGUCUUCACUCUAGAUUGUUCCAAUGAGCUCCUCAGCAAAAAAAAAACCUCUUUAAAUAGAAUGUGUUACAAAGAAAAACUCUUGUAUGACAAUUUAAAUUACUAUAUGGCUUCCAAAAGCACCCAUUUUCUCUAACUUUCAUAAGCAUUAUUAGAACAGAGUUUAUCAUUCCAGGUUAAGAAUUAUAUGUCAUAAUGAGCACAUGCUAUACUAACAACCAAAUCAUCAAAUCUUUACAAAAGAUCAGAAUGGUAAAACACAAUUUAUGGAAAUAUAUGUAUUUUUGUAGCUCUGAUCUCAAAAGCAAUCUCAACUCUGCAUUUUAAUAAACCAACUUGCAUUUCCACUCUGA